AACCACGCCAGCCCUGGCAUCCAGAGCCAGAGCUGUGCCUGACGGGGAACUAAUGAUGUCUGGGCUGUCUGGAUUUUCGUGAACCGGAGCCUGGCCCUGGGGAAGAUCCGAUGCUUUGGCUUCGACAUGGAUUACACCUUGGCUGUCUACAAGUCACCAGACUAUGAGGCUUUGGGCUUCGAGCUGCUCCUGGAGAGGCUGGUCUGCAUUGGCUACCCCCAUGAGAUCCUGAACUACAAGUAUGACCCUUCUUACCCCACCAGGGGCCUGGUGUUUGAUGUGCUCUAUGGGAACCUGCUCAAAGUGGAUGUCCACGGGAACAUCUUAAUGUGUGCCCACGGCUUCCGCUUCCUCUCUGAGGCCGAGCUCUGGAGCUAUUACCCCAACAAGUUCAUUCAGCGGGAUGAUCUACUGCGCUUCCAUAUCCUCAAUACCCUCUUCAACCUGCCAGAGACCUACCUCUAUGCCUGCCUUGUGGAUUUUUUCACCAACUGCUCCCGCUACACUAACUGUGACACGGGCUACCAGCACGGAAACCUCUUCAUGUCCUUCCGCAGCCUCUUCCAGGAUGUGUCUGAUGCCAUGGACAACAUCCACCAGUCGGGCUGCCUGAAGGAGAAGACGCUGGAGAACCUGGAGAAGUUUGUAGAGAAAGACGGCCGGAUUCCCCUCCUAUUGAGCCGUAUAAAGGAGGUCGGGAAGGUGUUUCUGGCCACCAACAGCGACUACAACUACACUAAUGCCAUCAUGACCUACCUGUUCGACUCUGGUGAAGACCGUCAGGCAGGGACCGCAGCCCGGCCCUGGAGAUCCUACUUUGACCUGGUGGUAGUGGACACACAGAAGCCAGGCUUCUUUGCGGAGGGGACGGUCCUGAGGCAGGUUAAUACGGACACGGGGAAGCUACGCAUUGGUACCUACACAGGCCCCCACCAACACUGUGCCGUCUACUCUGGAGGCUCUUCAGACGCCGUGUGCGAGCUGCUCGGGGUGAAGGGGAAAGACAUCCUGUACCUGGGGGACCACAUCUUUGGGGACAUCCUCAAGUCCAAGAAGCGGCAAGGCUGGCGUACCUUCCUCGUGGUGCCCGAGCUGACGCGGGAGCUGCGAGUCUGGACUCAGAGAAAUGAGUUGUUUGAGGAGCUGGGAAAGCUGGACGGGGCCCUGGCCGAGCUGUACCAGCGCAGGGACUACAGGAGCCGGGAGCAGCCGGACAUUAGCGCCACUAAGCGGCAGAUUGAGAGAGUGACGCACGAGAUGGACCUGUGCUACGGCACGAUGGGGAGUCUCUUCCGCCGCGGCUUCCGCCAGACGCUUUUUGCCAGUCAGCUCACGCGCUACGCCGACCUCUACGCCGCCUCCAUCGCCAACUUGCUUCACUAUCCCCUCAGCUGCCUGUUCCGUGCUUCCCCCAUGCUGAUGCCCCACGAGUUGGCAAUGGAGUCCCCUCAGCCGGAGGCAGCAGGAGAGUCAGGACCAAGCCUGGGGCGAGCCCUGCGCCAGGACACCAGCUGUGGACAUGAGGAAGAGCAGUGA